UGUGAUGAGGUCAUUGAGAACGGCUCCUCCUCUUCCUCUGGUCUUUCUGCUCAUGACUGCUGGAGCUUUUGGAGCAGAGUGGAGUGUGAAGUACAACCAACAGGAAAUCUGUGCUUUAAAAGGAUCCACAGUGUUUAUGAACGCAACUUUUACUCACCCAGAAGGUCUCACAGUGACAGAGACUUUCUGGGUCAUACACCCAGUUGAGGGGGUGGAGCCGACUGAUCUGAGUAUAGACCCAGAUUAUUCAGGCAGAGUCAAGUUUUUAACUGAUGAUCAGAAACACUUCUCCCUCAAACUGAGUGAUGUGAUGAAGAAGGAUGAACAUCAGUUCUGCUUCAGAAUCAUAACAAAUGUAGAAAAAGAAAGAUGGUGGGGUAAACCUGGAGUUCAUCUCAGAGUUACAGAGCUCCGUGUAGAAGCUCCUGAAGAAGUGACAGAGGGAGAAACAGCAGAUCUGACAUGUAAGACCACCUGCAGUCUGACUGACCCAACAUUCAUCUGGUACAAAAAUGGACGUCCUUUAACCACAAAGACCAUCAAGAACAACCAGCUCCACCUGCAGAAGGUCAGCAGUGAGGAUGCAGGCAGUUAUAGCUGUGCUGUAGGAGGAUCUCAACACCUCCACUCUACUGCUCACAGACUCAGAGUCAGAUAUCCUCCAAAGAGGGUCUCAGUGUCCAUCAGUCCCUCUGGUGAAAUAGUGGAGGGCAGUUCAGUGACUCUGACCUGCAGCAGUGAUGGAAACCCACCUGUGAAGAUCUACACCUGGUUUAAGGGAUCAACAUCAGUAGGAGAAGGAAAAACCUACAGCAUUCCCAGCAUCAGUUCUGAGGACAGUGGAGAAUACACAUGCCAGAGUAGGAAUGAUCAUGGAGAGAGAAGAUCCACUGCUGUGUAUUUAACUGUCACAUAUCCUCCAAAGACCAUCUCAGUGUCCUUCAGUCCCUCUGGAUGA